AUGCUGUCAAGGGCCAAACCCGCUGUAGGUGGGGACCCACCGCACAGUGACAAAAGAAAGAAGAAAGGUAGGAAGAUUCCAAAGCUAGAGGAGCUCCUUUCUCAGAGAGAUUUCACUGGCGCUAUUACCCUGUUGGAGUUCAAAGGGCAUGUUGGGGAAGAGGAGGAGGACAGCCACCUGUGGAUUGGGUACUGCGCCUUCCACCUGGGCGACUAUCGCAGAGCAUUGGAGGAAUAUGAAAAUGCAACAAAGGAGGAGAAUUGCAAUCCUGAAGUCUGGGUGAACCUGGCCUGCACCUAUUUCUUCCUUGGGAUGUAUAAGCAGGCAGAAGCAGCUGGAUUUAAAGCCCCGAAAAGCCGGCUCCAGAACCGCCUGCUCUUCCACUUGGCCCACAAGUUUAAUGAUGAAAAGAAACUGAUGAACUUCCACCAGAACCUGCAGGACGUCACAGAAGACCAGCUCAGCCUGGCCUCCAUCCACUACAUGCGCUCCCACUACCAGGAAGCCAUCGACAUAUACAAGCGGAUCCUGCUCGACAACAGGGAGUACCUCGCCCUCAAUGUGUACGUGGCCCUCUGUUACUACAAGCUGGACUACUACGACGUGUCUCAGGAGGUCCUGGCCGUCUACCUGCAGCAGGUUCCCGACAGCACCAUCGCGCUCAACCUGAAGGCCUGCAAUCACUUCCGCCUGUACAACGGCAAAGCAGCUGAGGCAGAACUCAAAAGCUUGAUGGACAAUGCCUCUUCUUCCUUUGAAUUUGCUAAAGAACUCAUCAGGCAUAACCUGGUGGUUUUCCGCGGUGGGGAAGGGGCUCUGCAGGUCUUGCCCCCCCUGGUUGAUGUCAUUCCUGAAGCGAGGCUGAACUUGGUCAUUUACUACCUCCGCCAGGAUGAUGUACAAGAAGCUUAUAACUUAAUCAAGGAUCUGGAGCCAACUACUCCGCAGGAGUAUAUCCUCAAGGGAGUGGUCAAUGCAGCCCUCGGCCAGGAAAUGGGGUCGAGGGACCACAUGAAAAUCGCUCAGCAGUUUUUCCAGCUGGUGGGAGGAUCGGCCAGUGAGUGUGAUACGAUCCCGGGGAGGCAGUGCAUGGCUUCCUGUUUCUUCCUGCUGAAGCAGUUUGAUGACGUCCUCAUUUACCUCAACUCCUUCAAGAGUUACUUCUACAAUGAUGACAUCUUUAACUUCAAUUACGCACAAGCCAAAGCAGCGACAGGCAACACCAGCGAGGGAGAAGAGGUGUUCCUGUUGAUUCAGAGUGAGAAGAUGAAGAACGACUACGUUUACCUCAGCUGGCUGGCGCGGUGCUAUAUCAUGAAUAAGAAGCCACGACUGGCCUGGGAGCUUUACCUCAAGAUGGAGACCUCGGGCGAGUCCUUCAGCCUCUUACAACUCAUCGCUAACGACUGCUACAAGAUGGGCCAGUUUUACUAUUCAGCCAAAGCCUUCGACGUCCUGGAGCGGCUGGACCCCAACCCUGAGUACUGGGAAGGCAAGCGCGGGGCGUGCGUGGGCAUCUUCCAGAUGAUCCUGGCUGGCCGGGAGCCCAAAGAGACCCUCCGUGAGGUGCUGCACCUGCUCAGGAGCACGGGGAACACCCAGGUGGAGUACAUCAUCCGCAUCAUGAAGAAAUGGGCCAAGGAAAACCGGGUACCUGUGUGA